ACAGUCAAAUGCCCUCAGGUUGCCCGAAAAGGGAUUUUGAAGCUUUGAAUUUCUCGGCGUAUGAUUGAAUGUUUGAUUUGUCGCCAAUUUGGUUACAGUCAUGGUGUAUAGAGCAACUAUUUUGCGAAGGUUGGCCAUCACACAGAUGGUGUUUGGGGCUGUGAUGUUCGUAUUUGGAAUAACAAGUAUUUUCGUUGCUGAACACUGGACUUCGUACAUUGCUUUUGGCGUCUGGGUUGGCGUUUGGGUUUUCAUCACAGGAAUUUUGGGAUACAUCGGAGUAAGAGAUGAUUCAAGGCCAAACAAGUGUUUGAUUGGAUGUUUUAUGGGUUUCUCCAUUACAGGUUGUGUCUUCUCAGGAGGAAUGUUCGUCUGUUACUGCAUUACUCUUGCAAGUUACUCCGAAAUGAAGAAUUUUUGUAGCCGUUAUUAUAGAGGCGACUACAAGUAUUACUCUUAUUACGAUUGCUCUCGGAGGUAUGACUUUCGUAGAUCUACAGCAGAAAAUGUGGCAGGUUUAGGUUCUUGUCUCCUCAUUUUCUCUUUGGUUGAGUUGUUCUUGGCCCUUGCGUCAUCCAUCUAUUGUUGCAGGGCAGUGUGUUGUAAAUCACCAGCAGCUGGGAACACAACAUGGACCAACCAGCAAGUGGUGUAUGUACAGCCUCAAUACAUGUACCCUGGGGUACAGCCGGGUGGGGUUUUUAUGCAGACCGAUGCUGGUGGGUACCCAGCAACAGGCCAGCAACCUUUGUAUUUCCUCCAGCAGCCUGGAGUGGUUGCACAGCCUGGAGUAGUCGCACAGCCUGAUGCGGUUGCACAACCUGGAGUGGUUGCACAGCCUAGAGUGUUUGCACAGCCUGGGGUGGUUGCACAACCAGGAGUGGUUGCACAGCCUGGGGUGGUGGCACAGCCAAGGCUGGUGGUACAGCCGGGGGUGGUGGCUCAGCAGGGGAUGGUAGGACAGCCAGGAGUGGUGGCACAGCCUGGGGUGGUUGCACAGCCUGGGGCGGUUGCACAGCCAGGUGUGGUUGUACAGCCUGGGGUGGUUGCACAACCAGGGGGAGUAGUGGCACAGCCGGGGCUAUUGGCACAACCAGGGGUGGUGGCACAGCCAGGGGUGGUGGCACAGCCAGGGGUGGUGGCACAGCCAGGGGUGGUUACACAGCCCGGAGUGGUUGCACAGCCUGGGGUGGUUACACCGCCUGGGGUGGUUGCACAGCCUGGGGUGGUCGCACAGUCUGGGGUGGUUGCACAGCCCAGGGUGGUGUCACAACCUGGGGGGAUUGCACAACCUGGGGUGGUUGCACAGCCUGGGGUGGCAUUUCAGCAACCCACUUACUGGCCUGUUCCCUCAGGAUCCAACGCAGCUGGAGCAGUGACUUUACCCUAUUCAGAUGUUCCCCCCCAAGUGCAGUAUCAAGCACUGCAAGUCCAGAUUCCUGUAGCAGUAACAGACGAGGACAUGCCAGCACCAUAUUCAUUUCAACAGUCAGGCAAUGUACCACCACCAGCUUUCUCAUCUGAGGAUGCCAAUCCAAAUGGUUAAUGUCUGAUUUCAGUACAUGAAUCAGCAGUUACAUCUAGAGUAUUAUUAGGGCAUGCUUUAGAAGUUUUGAGUUCGUGAGCUCUCGUAGUAGAAUGGGAAAGGAAUGGGAACCAAGGGAGAGGAGAGGUUGGAGAGGACAAUAGGAUAAGGGAGGAGAGGGUGAAAAGUGCGAGCUGAAUGAGGGUUGGAAGAGGGGGGGGAGUGGAAAUGUGAAAAUGUGAAUUAUCCUCCAUAAAAAAAUGGGAGAUACAUGUAAGAGUCAAAGAUAUUGAGGCCCGAUUAGAGAGGGAGGAAGAGCCAAAGAUGCUGAGGUCUGUGAGAAGCAAGACAUUCUUUCCCCCACUCCUCCCGACCCUCCUCCACUCCUCCCCACCCUCCUCCACUCCUUCCCACCCUUCCCAUUCCCAAUCUCUUUCCUAAUUAAGGUAAAGCUGCGCCUCCAGGAUGUGUAUGUGUAUAUACUAAGCUGAAUUACAGCUGCAUUUUGAUUAGCUCAUUUUUAUAAACUUUUGGACGUGACCAUUGACAACUUUUUUCUUCUUUAUUAUUAACAAUAAAUACGGGUAGAGAGAUGACGUCACAAGUGGUAAUAACAUCAAUGACACACUAGGCUGCGCCUCAUUUGCCACUUUUUGGAUCUUACCACAUUAUGACGUCAUCUGCAAUCUCUUACUGAACAGAGAUAUGACAGCUUGCAAUCUCUUUAUUAAUUUGUAGGGGUAUAUUUCAGCUUUGAUGUUCGUGAAGAUAGAGGUAGUAAUAAUGUGCCAGAUUUGCCUUUUAUCAGGAAAUGAUGAUUUAGAUGUAGCGCUGUAUUGUUUAAACUGAAGUGUGAAUGAGGCUUUUGAUCCAUCCUGCUUCUCAGGACUACCCUCACUUAGACGAUUAGACUACACGAUCAAACCUACAUCUUCAAAUGGCUUUUUAAAGUGGAGUACACGAACUAUUUUGCUGAGGGCUACUUCACUAGAUUGUUAUUGACCUCGAGGAAGAGAAUCUCAAGACUUGUAAAAAACAAAUCGAGCUCCCGCUUUUUGGUCGACUGAUGUUGUUAAUCACUCAGCGUAUGAUUACAGACCGAAUUAAACCCCUCUUAGUCCUAUUAUCAUUACUAGGCACGCCUAGAGUUUUUGCACAAGAAGAUGUUAUAACGUUAGUCUAAAUAACACUUUCAAGAUGCCUAAAUUGAUCCGUAUCGUAAUGAAAAUAUCAUUACAGUUUAGAAUUGUCGUUUUGCAUUAGUGGACGCGAAUAUUUGUAGUAGCCCGAUAUGCACCUGAAAUAAAACAAAGUUCUCUAAUAAACAAAAACGUUAUAAAA